UCCGCCCCUUGGUUCGGGGGCCACGUUCCCCAUGCUGCCUGCAGGCCUCACCCGCGGACUGCUCUGGCAUUUACUUCGGGGAUUAGCUUCCACGGCAGCGCGCCAUGGCCUCCGGGAGCCGCUCCUCGAGAGGAGAUGCGCGGCCGCCACCUCCACCCAGCACGCAUCGGGCCUGCGACUUGGGCUUCCUCGUGGCCCGACGGCGACUGCGGGUUCCGAAGGAAGGGAUGACAUGGAGGAGCAUUUUCUGUUCCCCGAAUACGUCCCGGAGCCGGAGCCCACUCCGACCGUGGAAAGGCAGCUGCGGCAGCUGCAUCAGCGUCAGGAAGAGGAAGAACGACAGAAGCUACAGCGGCGGGAGGAGCGGCGGCAGCAGAAGCUACGCGCCAGCCUCCGGGUGCACCGGGUCGUAGGGCACCCGGACCCGACCGUGCCGUCCAGCGGCCUGAACUGCUCCGGCUGCGGGGCGGAGCUGCACUGCCAGGACCCCGGCUUGCCUGGCUACCUGCCCAGCGAGAAGUUCCUGAGCGCGAGGGCGCAGGCCGACGGGCUGGCGCGGACCGUGUGCCAGCGCUGCUGGCUGCUGGUGCACCACCGGCGCGCCCUGCGCCUGCAGGUGAGCCGCGAGCAGUACCUGCAGUUGGUGAGCACCGCGCUGCGGCGGCCCGGGCCCGCCCUGGUGCUCUACAUGGUGGACUUGCUCGAUCUGCCCGACGCCCUGCUGCCCGACCUGCCCGCGCUGGUAGGCGCCAAGCAGCUGAUCGUGCUGGGGAACAAGGUGGACCUGCUGCCCCAGGACGCCCCCGGCUACCUGCAGCGGCUCCGGGAGCGUCUGUGGGACGACUGUGUCCGCGCCGGGCUCCAGCGGGCCCCCGGCCGGGGCGGGCCACCUGGUGGGGAAGAGAAUUCGAGUCCUUCGGCCAAGUCCGGUACUGUCCUCCGGGACGUGCGGCUGAUCAGCGCCAAGACCGGGUACGGAGUGGAAGAGCUCAUCUCCGCCCUGCAGCGCUCCUGGCGCUACCGCGGCGACGUCUACCUGGUGGGCGCCACCAACGCCGGCAAGUCUACUCUCUUCAACACCCUCCUGGAGUCGGAUUACUGCAUCGCCAAGGGUGCCGAGGCAAUUGACCGAGCCACCAUCUCCUCUUGGCCUGGCACUACACUAAACCUUCUGAAGUUUCCUAUUUGCAACCCAACUCCGUACAGAAUGUUUGAAAGGGGGAAAAGGCUGAAAAAAUAUGCAGCUGAAGCUGAAGAAGAUCUUAGUCAGCUAGAAAAAAAACAACUUAAUCUCUUAAAAAAGCAUGGUUAUGUAGUAGGAAGAGUUGGAAGAACAUUCUUGUAUUCAGAAGAACAAAAGAAUGAAGCUGCCUUUGAGUUUGAUGCUGAUUCACUUGCCUAUGACAUGGGAAAUGAACCUGUUAUGGUUACAGAUAAAUCCACCAAAAAAGUAGAACUGACCCCAGAAGAUGUGAAAGAUGCCCACUGGUUUUAUGACACCCCUGGAAUUACAAAGGAAAAUUGUAUUUUAAAACUUCUAACAGAAAAAGAAGUGAAUAUUGUCUUGCCAACACACUCCAUUAUUCCAAGAACUUUUGUGCUUAAACCUGGAAUGGUUCUAUUUUUGGGUGCCUUAGGACGCAUAGAUUUUCUGCAGGGAAGUCAGUCAGCUUGGUUUACAGUAGUGGCUUCCAACUUCCUUCCUGUGCACAUUACCUCCUUGGAGAAGGCAGAUACUAUAUAUCAGAAGCACGCAGGUGAUAUAUUACUCAAGGUUCCAAUGGGUGGAAAAGAGCGAAUGGCAGAAUUUCCUCUUCUUGUUGCUGAAGACAUUACAUUAGAAGAAGGACUUGGGAAACCUGAAGCAGUGGCUGACAUCAAGUUUUCCUCUGCAGGUUGGGUUGCAGUAACACCUCAGUUUAAAGACAGACUACAUCUCCGAGGCUAUACACCUCAAGGAACAGUGCUGACGGUCCGGCCACCUCUCUUGCCACAUAUCGUUAACAUCAAAGGAGAGCGCAUCAAAGGAACUGUGGCCUAUAAAACCAAGAAGCUUCCUUCCCUUGUGUGCAAUCUGCAGAAGAAGAAAAACGGGUGAAAAUAUGGAGUUGGCCUUGCUCACGCUGGUAUUAACUAUGGAGCUAUAAUCAAGCUCCCCUGUGCCCACCCUUUUAACUACUCAGAACUGUGCCUAUUUGUAUUGAGUUUGUAACUAUAAGUUGUUUUUUGAAGGGUGUGUGUAUGCAUGUGUGACCCAAAUAUGCCUAAAAAGGAGUUCUGCUACAUUCAAGUUUCUCUCACUACUGUUUUUUAUUGAGACCAGAUGUCAUUCCUUAUUUGGAGUCUGAAUGAGAGUUCCACUUAGCAAUUGGCAUAGGCAAAAGUGACAGAAAAUCAGUUUCUCCAAAGUAAGAUAGAAGUGAGCAGGUGGCUCUGCACCUUGUAGUCAUCCAAGGAUCCAACUGGUGGAAUACUCCGUGGCUUCCAUCUGUAGGUCUCUGGUGUUUGUUCAAGUGCCAUCCUUUUCCAGUGAGAGGGAAGAGGGACAGAGAUGAAGAGCCGGCAGCUUCCCUGCUUAAAACAGGCGGGCAAGACCUGGAAGUUGCAUCCAUCAUUUCACACAGUCCAUUGGUGGGUCAACAGUCACAUUGCCAUACCCAUCCACAAGAGAGCUGGGAGAUGUAGAGGGAAAUAGGGACCAUUUCAGAUUUUUAUUACUGAAGGGGAGAAUGGACACUGGAGAAGAAGCGGAAGUUUACCUGACAUGAAUUAAAAGUGUCUGAAAAAUCUUAGGUACAGAAGGAUUCAAGUUAUAUCUUUCUAGCAACCAUAGUCUAUUCUACAACGGUCAGAGAAUAUAACCAUUUUAACAUUUGUGUAUACUGUAUAACAUUACAUUAAUCAGAAGUUUAUACCUUUCAUUAUUCCUAGCUAAAUACAAUGAACAAUUGGCAAGUCAAGUCCCAGAUCCCGAAGUUGAGUAAAUGCUAGUGGGAUACAUUGGCCUGAAUUGCAGUCAGAUCCAUGAAUUUUCUCUUGACUCAGAUUUAGCAUAAUGUUCUCUGUCAAUGUGUAUCCUCUAGCCCCCUUCUCUCUAAGGCCUCUUAGAAUAAGAUGCAACUUGUAAAACUUUGUAGCCCUCACUCCCAUUGUGUUUCAAAGUGAGUACUAUAAUGUUCCAAGGUGCUUUGUUAGGAGUUUCAAACAUUACAGUUUACUAAGUAAGUUUGUGUCCCUAGUUAUUUUCUCACCUAUAAAGUGAGGAAAGAGCAGAUUUUUCUCAGUCUGAACCUUUUAUGAUUCUCAGUAAAAAGGCAGGAAAUGGGUGGUUCUGAAACCUCACACAAAAAGAUCCAUGCCUAGACAGUCAAGGACUUCUGCUAGGAUCUGGUAUUAAUUUACUUCAUAUUCUGCCAACCUAAUGCAGCCCAGAUCACGGCUGCCUAUUCAGCUGUUCCACAGUGGAUUGUGCUUUAAGAAAAUUCUGUUACUAUAUUGGUUUCUCAGCUUUAGUCAGUUUACUGAUACUUCUUAAUCCAUUAGUCAGAGUAUAAAGACUUCCCUUGAAUCAGUAAUCAUUGAAGCUAAGUCAGGACAGCCCCCUCACUUCCACAGAACAGGUUGUUUUGAGUGACUAGGAAGCAAGUUUAUAUUAGGUCAUUUACUUGGCUCUGCAGGCCUGUGGUGGUCAGUAUGUCACUUCUUUGUAUUUGUGACACCUAAAAGGACAAAGUAUGUGCCACUAAAGGGCUUUAUAACUUCAAUGUAAUAUUAAACUCAGAAGUUUUUUUGUUUUAAUAUAUUUUUAUUGAUUUCAGAGGGUAAGGGAAAGGGAGAGAAAUAGAAAGAUCAACUGAUGGGCUGCCUCCUGCACGCCCCACACUGAAGAAUGAGCCCGCAACCCCGUCAUAUGCCCUGACCGGGAAUCGAACCGUGACCUCCUGGUUCUGGUUCAUAGGUCUACGCUCAACCACAGAGACACACUGGCAUGGCUCAAGUCAAAGCUUUAUUUUUAAAAGUUACACCUCCUUUUUCCCCCUUUAAACAGCACCAUUUUUUCCAGUUACUGAGACAAAAUUAAGUUUAACACAUUUUGUAUUUUUAGUCACCAUAAAUGGCAAGCCAUAUGGAUCUUUAGAGCUUUACCAUGUAGUUCCCCAAAGUCUAAAUUUGUUUGAUACUUGCGACACUCACUUCCCAUGGCCACCGAGAAGAAGUGGAGUGCAGAUGCACACUUAUGCGCUUGUGUUUUUUGAUCAUUCAGACACUUCUUCAAAAUGGAGAUCAAGACUAGUUUUCUGCAGAUGACUAACUAGGAGCUUCAGCUGUGCCAGCCAUGGCAGAGUUGUUAUGGCCUCACUGAGUAGGCGCCCAGUGCUGGGAGAGCUGUUUCGUAGACAGCCUCUGAUCAUUUACCCUGGCUUCCCUCCCACUUGGCUCUGCCUCAUGGAGCAAUAGAAUCAUUUCCAUUCUU